GCGGCAAAGUCGUGUCGCGUCUCCAACGCGACCCCCCGCUAGCACGUACAUACACUCCAGCCAAAUCGUACUUUUAAGAAGUCCAAACAAGUUCUUUCUCCCAUCAAUUGUCUCCCCUGUUUUGCACCCUACCUACCCAGUAAUCCGACACAAUCUCAUCUCGUCAUACUUUCACACCUCAAGAAGGUCCUUCAUCUUUCUUUUGAAUCGGGUUUCCGGAAUAGUCGUUCGCCCUUCUCUCCGCGUUAUCCGACUUUCUCUGCCCACUUCAACGUCCGGCUCCCCUGCUGACGCACCAUGUUCGUGAGAAAGCGAGAUGGGCGCCAGGAGCGCGUGCAGUUCGACAAGAUCACUGCCCGUGUUUCUCGGCUGUGCUAUGGCCUUGACAUGGAUCAUGUCGACCCGGUGGCCAUCACUCAGAAAGUCAUCUCAGGUGUCUAUGGCGGUGUCACGACAGUUCAACUAGAUGAUCUGGCCGCCGAAACAGCCGCAUACAUGACCGUUACACACCCUGAUUAUGCCAUUCUCGCCGCGCGUAUCGCCGUGUCCAACCUCCACAAGCAGACAAAAAAGCAAUGGUCAUCAGUUGUCAGCGACCUCUAUCACUAUGUGAACUCCAAGAACGGCAAACCGUCACCCAUGAUCUCCAAAGAGACGUACGAGGCCGUCAUGAGACAUAAGGAAGAGUUUGACUCGGCAAUCGUAUAUGACAGAGACUUCAACUACCAAUACUUCGGUUUUAAGACUCUGGAACGCUCUUACCUUUUGAAGCUUGAUGGUAAGAUUGCGGAGCGACCCCAACACAUGAUCAUGCGCGUGGCUGUUGGCAUCUGGGGCGACAACGUUGAACGUGUCAUCGAGACGUACAACCUCAUGUCCAGCAAGUUCUUCACCCAUGCUUCGCCUACCCUUUUCAACGCCGGUACCCCACAGGCACAGCUCUCCUCCUGCUUCCUCGUGGAUAUGAAGGAGGAUAGCAUUGAAGGUAUCUACGACACCCUCAAGACGUGCGCCAUGAUCUCCAAGAUGGCCGGUGGCAUUGGUCUCAAUGUUCAUCGCAUCCGUGCCACCGGAUCAUAUAUCGCUGGCACCAAUGGCACAUCCAACGGUGUCGUCCCAAUGCUGCGCGUGUUUAAUAAUACUGCUCGAUACGUCGAUCAGGGUGGCAACAAGCGUCCCGGCGCUUUCGCUAUCUAUCUUGAGCCCUGGCAUGCCGACGUCUUUGAGUUUCUCGAUCUGCGCAAAAACCACGGCAAGGAGGAGGUCCGUGCUCGGGAUCUGUUCCUCGCUCUCUGGAUUCCAGACCUUUUCAUGAAACGCGUUGAAAAGAACGGGGAUUGGACCUUGAUGUGCCCCAAUGAGUGCCCGGGGCUUGCGGAUUGCUAUGGUGAAGAAUUCGAGGCCCUGUACGAGAAGUACGAGAAGGAGGACAAGGGUCGCGCCACAAUCCGGGCUCAGAAGCUCUGGUAUGCCAUCUUGGAAGCUCAGACGGAGACGGGCAACCCUUUCAUGCUCUACAAGGACCACUGCAAUCGCAAGAGCAACCAACAGAACCUGGGCACCAUUCGGAGCUCCAAUCUCUGCACCGAGAUUAUCGAGUACUCGGCGCCGGAUGAGGUUGCUGUCUGCAACUUGGCUUCUCUUUCUCUGCCUGCUUUUGUUGACUACAAUGAGGGCGUCUACGACUUCAAAAAGCUUCAUAAGGUCACUCAGGUUGUCGUCCGCAACCUGAAUAGGAUCAUCGACGUCAACCACUACCCUGUUCCCGAGGCCCGCAAUAGCAACAUGCGGCACCGUCCCAUUGGUCUGGGCGUCCAAGGCCUCGCUGAUGCUUUCCUCGCUCUCCGGAUGCCCUUCGAGUCUCCCGAGGCUCGGGAGCUCAAUAAACAGAUUUUCGAGACCAUCUACCACGCUGCCCUGACUAUGUCUGUGCAGCUUGCCAAGGAAGAGGGUACCUAUUCGACCUACGAAGGCUCGCCUGUUUCCAAGGGCAUCUUGCAAUACGAUAUGUGGAACGUCAAACCCUCCGAACUCUGGGACUGGGAUUCACUAAAGGCGCAAAUCAAGGAGCAUGGCAUCCGCAAUAGUUUGCUCGUUGCACCCAUGCCCACGGCCAGCACGUCUCAGAUCCUGGGCAAUAACGAGUGCUUCGAGCCCUACACAUCGAACAUCUACCAGCGGCGUGUGCUGGCCGGUGAGUUCCAGGUCGUCAACCCAUGGCUUCUCAAGGACCUUGUGGACAUGGGUCUAUGGUCAGAUGCCAUGAAGAACCGCAUCAUCGCGGAAAACGGAUCCAUCCAGAAUAUCCCCAACAUCCCCGCCGACAUCAAGGGACUUUACAAGACAGUUUGGGAAAUCUCACAGCGUACUGUGGUGCAAAUGGCCGCCGAUCGCGGUGCGUUCAUCGACCAGUCCCAGUCGUUAAACAUCCACAUGAAAGAUCCUACCAUGGGCAAAAUCACCAGCAUGCACUUCACAGGCUGGAAACUCGGCCUCAAGACAGGCAUGUACUAUUUGCGCACCCAGGCGGCGGCGGCUCCCAUCCAGUUUACUGUCGACCAAGAAGCUCUUAAGGUGGCGGACACGACUGUCGGCAAGGAUCGUGUCCUCAAGAAGAGAGCCCCCCCUGCGGGCAGCUACAUGUCUUCUCCAGCGGCCGUUCCCAGGCCCAUGUUCAUGAAAGACAAGGAGAGGUCGGGUUCGGAUGCGAACGGCAGUCGCGACGAUGUCCCAACUCGUGGCACAACCCCUCCUCUCAACGCGGCUGCACGACCUGUCGCCUCGCCUGCUAAGUCUGCUGCAAUCAAGGCAGAUGCCGAGGAGGGCGACAGCCCCAAGGCUCUCCCCACUGAACCGGAGGACAAGAUCAAGGCCGAGGAGAUGCCCGAGGGCAAGAGGACACCAGACGCUGAGGAUAAAGAUAAAGACAGCAAGGAGCGGGAGAUGGAUAUUUAUUCUGAAGCCGUGCUCGCAUGCAGCAUUGACAACCCCGAGUCCUGUGUCAUGUGCAGUGGUUGAAGGAGCGAUAUCACGUACAAACGACAUGCUGUGAUGGAUUAUGAUACUGUUAAUGGGAUGGGUCUUUUUUUAUGCAUUACCAGGGAAGGAUGAGACGGCACGGGAACCCAGUCUCAACAUGACGGGAGGCUCCUUUGGCAUGGCUUAGCUUCGGAUUAUCAUUUCUAACUCUUCCCUCCUUUGUGUCUUUGUUCGACGAUUAUUUGUACUUGUUUUUCUGUAUUCGUUUCCUAUAUUGGCUUCUUCUCGACAUACGGGGCCAUGUGGUGCCUUUAGCUGUUUCAUCGCUUUUGUAUAAAGUAUUACCUUAUGUAGGCUGAGGAUUAUUGUCAUACUGUAUGUCCACGGCUGGUUAUUAGGAGGAGCUGGGUAACUCCAGAUACCUAGGCAAUAUCAAGGGGGGAACAAACCAUCAUCACCCUGAUAACGAAAUGCUAGUGGGGGGCAUAAUUCCGCUGUAUUUACAUAGCGCUUUCCAGAUGGUGAG